UCUCCUUCUAUAUAAAUGCAAUCCAUUUUCAUGUUAUAAACCAACCAUCACUCUAUCCCCUGAAGCUUCUAACUCUGCUACGAGUAAACCAAAACAACCUUCUCACAUGACAAAACUGAUGAUGGAUUCAGCCACCACAUUUUCACUGAAGCCACUCUUUCUUUUCUUCUUAAUCUAUUGUUCAUUAUUCAAUCAACUGAGCUUUGCUUUCACUUCUGAAGAGUACAAUGAGGCUCUUGAAAAAUCCAUUCUCUUCUUUGAAGGGCAAAGGUCUGGGAAAUUGCCUUCCGACCAGCGCCAAACAUGGAGGGGUGAUUCAGCAUUGUCCGAUGGCUCUUCCUAUCAUGUGGACCUAGUUGGUGGUUAUUAUGAUGCUGGGGACAAUGUUAAGUUUGGGCUCCCAAUGGCUUUUACCACAACCUUAUUAGCUUGGAGUGUCAUUGAAUUUGGAAGCUCAAUGCAAAACCAGAUUGAAAAUGCUAGAGCUGCUAUCCGGUGGAGCACGGAUUAUCUUCUUAAGGCAGCAACCACCACCCCAGAUACGUUAUAUGUUCAAGUAGGAGACCCAAACUUGGAUCACAAGUGUUGGGAAAGGCCUGAAGAUAUGGACACUCCGCGCAGCGUCUACAAGGUAUCAGCUAAAAAUCCAGGUUCAGAUGUAGCAGCAGAGACAGCAGCUGCAUUGGCAGCUUCUUCAAUAGUGUUCAGAGACUCAGACCCAAGCUAUUCCUCCAAAUUGCUUGAAGCAGCCAUCAAUGUAUUCAAUUUUGCAGACCGUUACAGGGGCUCUUACAGUGACUCUCUUAAUUCAGUUGUUUGUCCAUUCUACUGCUCUUACUCUGGAUACCAUGAUGAACUUCUUUGGGGUGCAUCAUGGAUUUAUAAAGCCUCUGGAAUCAACUCGUACUUGCAAUUUAUACAUUCCAAUGGGCACACAUUAGGUGCUGAUGAUGAUGUUUACUCAUUCAGUUGGGAUGAUAAACGAGCUGGAACGAAAAUCCUGCUUUCGAAGGAAUUCUUGGAGAAAAAUUCUGAAGAGUUUGAAUUGUAUAAGGCACAUGCUGAUAAUUACAUAUGCUCGCUAAUGCCGGGAAUUCCUGGUUAUCAGGCUCAAUACACCCCAGGGGGUCUUCUAUACAAAGGUAGUGAGAGCAAUUUGCAGUAUGUCACAACAACAGCCUUCCUUCUCUUAACAUACGCCAACUAUCUCAACUCAAAUGGAGGCACCCCCGUCUCAUGCGGUACUUCAAGAGUCACAGAACAGAACCUGAUCUCACUCGCCAAAACUCAAGUGGAUUAUAUUUUAGGCAACAACCCAAGAAAGAUGUCUUACAUGGUGGAUUUCGGUGAGAAUUACCCAAAGCACGUCCAUCACAGGGGUUCCUCACUGCCUUCCAAACACACGCAGCCACAACACAUUUCAUGUAACGAUGGGUUUCAGUAUCUGAGCUCAGGCUCAGCCAAUCCGAAUACCCUGGUUGGAGCCAUUGUUGGUGGUCCUGAUAGUCAUGACAGUUUCUCUGAUGAUCGAAAUAACUACCAACAGUCUGAGCCUGCGACGUAUAUUAAUGCUCCGUUUGUUGGGGCUGUUGCUUUUUUCGCUGGGAAAAGCUAUGUUUAGUUCAAAGAAUGUGACUAUGUUUAGUUUAGUUUAAUUAGGUCCAAGUUACUUUAAGCAAAGUGUCAAAAAAAAGUUACUUUAAGGCUUAAGCAAUGUACUAGUUUCCAUCAAGGGGCAUAUGGUUGGUUAGUGAAGAAUUGGUUCCUCUCUGUCACGCCCAACGGUGUGCGUGUAAUACUUCCAUGUGUAAUUCAUUUGUUAAAUUAAUUUGGAAGUUUCUAUA